ACACUGAUCACGUUUCUAAACGACGUGAGCACCGAGAUACAGGGAAUACGGAACACCGACUCCUUUCCGAUCAGCCAGAACAUCCGGCGACUGACGGCCAUCUUCGACAAGCUGGAAGUCAUGAUCCAAAACAAUCCGCCGACGCCCGUGGUCCAAACUUCCACUGCCAGUGCCUCCCUGGAGCCGGGCAACAAGGGCUACCGGCGGUGGGCACACUGCAUGCUGAGGGAGAUUUAUCAGAUGGUGGAGAAGGCGGUUCCCGCCAGCAAAUGCAGACAUGUGAAUGAACUGGGGGUGUACUUGUCGGGGGCCUUUGGCAGCUCCACCAAAAUCGAGUACGGAACUGGCCACGAGCUGAGCUUCCUGUUCUUCGUGUGCGCCCUUUUCAAGGCGGAGAUCCUGAGUCGGGAAGAGGACUUGGCCGCCUCGGCUCUGGUUCUCUUCGAUCGCUACCUGAAGUUCGUGCGCCGGCUGCAGGUGACCUAUUCGGUGACAUCGUCGAACUGGCACGGAGGUUACUCCCUAGACAAGUUCCAGUUUGUGCCAUUUAUCUGGGGAUUCGCCCAGUUGUCCUACGAGGCGCCCUUCCCUCCGCAGAAAAUGCUUGACGAGGUCACCAUUGCGCAGUACAGGAAGGAGUAUAUGCUGAUCGAUUGUGUGGCUCAUAUGGCGAACACCUACAUCGGCACCUUUGCGCGCCACUCCAGCCAACUUUGGAGCCUGGCCGCCCUGUCCUCGUGGACAAAGAUUCAACGCGGUGUGAUGCUCAUGUAUAUGGAGGACAUCCUCCUGGACUUCGACAACCUUAAUGCCCUGCGAUUCGGAGAACUGAUGUCCUUCGAGGAGGACAAGUCUGGCCGGAAACUGGGCAACGCUCGCUUGGGCGUGAUGUCUCCGCUGCGCCGCCAUAUGGCGGAGGAUCAGGAAGAGCAGGAUCAAGAGCCCGAGCUGCCUCUCGCCACUCCUUCUAUUUCCAGAUCGGAAGUAAACGAAGGCAGUAAGAAGCCAGCGGUGGACGAACCCUUCAGCGACGGCCUCUCCAACAGCGGACUUUCCGUGGGCAGCGACUGCUCAUCUCUCAGCGGCGUGAGUGUCCAUCUGCCCACUUGGAUGGACGACGCUCCGAGCAAUACCAAGCAUUAGAUUAGAACAUUCGAUAAUAAAAUGAGAGUGUGGCUAAUUGUAGCUGUUUUCCCGCCAAA